AUGACAACACCGCGAUAUGCAUUAGUUACUGGAUGUGGUGAAGGUGGUAUUGGCCACGCACUUGCUAUGCGGUUUCGGGAAGAAGGUUUCAUUGUCUUCACGACCUUGCUCCCUCAUGAGAAACAGGAACAUCUGAAAUACCAAGGAUUCCAUGUCUUCAACUCCGACGUGACCAGUGACAAAGACACCGAAGUCCUCCUAGAACACAUUCAGAAUCUUUCUGGCGGUCGACUAGAUGUGUUGGUCAAUAAUGCAGGCAUUUGUUAUACCAUGCCCGCGACUGAUACCAAGGUUCACGAAGUGGAGAAGAUGUUCGCGGUGAAUGUCUUUGGCCCAAUGCGGAUGGUCCAUUUCUUCCAUCCUCUGCUCGUGCGGUCAAAGGGCGUUGUGGUCAACAUUGGGUCAAUAGGCGGCAUUGUACCCUACAUUUAUGGAGCGAGCUACAACGCCAGCAAAGCCGCUCUUCAUCACUAUGGUAAUACAUUGCGUGCAGAACUAAAACCUUUUGGAGUCCGAGUAAUCAAUGUGAUCUCUGGUGAGGUUGGGACCAAUAUUCUCCGUCGCGAUGCAAAGCGGUCCCUUCCAUCUGACUCACUUUACCUGCCUCUGGCUGACGAAUUUCUGAGCCACGUCCAGCGAACACCUAAUACAAUUACUCCAGCUCAGUACGCCGCCGCUGUUGUGCGAGAAGCCCAGAAGUCCCGGCCAGCAGCUUGGUUCUGGUACGGGGCACGGACUGGAAUGUGCCGAUGGGGCGACAUGUUCCUACCCCGCACGCAUUGGGACGGACUAUUUGCCAAGUGGUUCCACUUUGAGAAGUUGAAACGUAUCCAAACAGACAAGCCAACCGCGUGA